UCGUCAGUGGUGCGCGCCGGGAGAGACCUAACCUGCCGCAUGGCUGCUGGUUGCUCAGAGUCUCCGCGGCCGAAGGCGGCCUCCGAGGCGCCGGUGGUAGGAACAGUCGGCGUCCUGCCUUGCUUAGAGCUGCCCACCUAUGCAGCUGCUUGUGCUCUGGUGAACAGCCGCUACUCCUGUCUGGUGGCCGCGCCGCACCGACGGCACAUCGCCCUGUCGCCCCGCUACCUUAACCGGAAACGCACCGGUAUCCGAGAGCAGCUGGAUGGCGAGCUCCUGCGCUAUUCCGAGAGUCUUUUAGGUGUCCCUAUUGCAUAUGAUAACAUCAAAGUUGUGGGUGAACUGGGAGAUAUAUAUGAUGAUCAAGGACACAUUCAUCUUAACAUUGAAGCUGAUUUUGUUAUUUUCAGCCCUGAACCUGGGCAAAAGCUUAUGGGUACAGUUAAUAAAGUGUCUUCUAGCCACAUUGGCUGUUUGGUACAUGGGUGUUUUAAUGCUUCAAUCCCUAAACCUGAACAGAUGUCAGUUGAGCAGUGGCAAACCCUGGAGAUAAACGUGGGUGAUGAAUUAGAAUUUGAAGUAUUUCGUUUAGACUCAGAUGCUGCUGGAGUAUUUUGCAUUCGAGGAAAAAUAAAUAUUGCCUGUUUGCAGUCCAAGCACCCUGAUGUUUCUGAAGAAGUAUCAGAAACUCUAACUGAAGAAUCUGUUGAAAAAAUUCCAAAGAAAAAGAAAAAGAAAAAGAAAGAUCCAGAAAUUUAUGAAGUAAAUGAUGGUGCCACAGAGCCAGCAGAUUUUACAGGUAUCACUCCAAAGGAAGAGGAAGAGCUACAGGUUAGUAAUGACAUGAAUGGCCUCUGUGAGGAAGAGCCAAAGAAAAAGAAGAAGAAGAAGAAGCACCAGGAGGAUCAGGAUCCUAUUUUUCAGUGCAGUGACUCCAGUGGUUACCAAAGUGACCAUAAAAAGAAAAAAAAGAAAAGAAAACAUAGUGAAGAGGCUGAACUUACACCAGUUCUGGAAUGCUCACCUAAGAAGAAACAAAAAAGUAAUUAGUGCAUUUUAAAUAGGAUAGUUGAUAAAGGAGUUUUGAAAAAUGUUUAUGUUGUGCUGGGUGUGGUGUUACACAUUUGUAAUCCCAACUACCCAGGAAGCU